AUGUCCCAUAACAAGAGAAUUGCAUUGCCGGCCCGUGUGGAGCCCAAGGUUUUCUUUGCCAACGAGAGAACGUUCUUGUCGUGGUUGAACUUCACGGUCAUUUUGGGCUCCUUGGGUGUUGGUUUGUUGAACUUCGGUGACCAGAUUGGCCGUGUCAGCGCAGGCUUGUUCACAUUCAUUGCCAUGUUGACCAUGGUGUACGCUUUAGUCACAUACCACUGGAGAGCCAAGGCCAUUCGUUUGCGUGGUUCUGGACCUUACGACGACCGUUUUGGUCCUACCAUGUUGUGCGUUUUCCUCUUGGUGGCCGUGGUGGUCAACUUUGUCUUGAGAAUCCGGGCCUAG